AUGCUCGCCGUCCUCGGCGCCUCCCUCGCGGUGCUCCUCUUCUUCGCGCUCCAGCCCGCGCCCAACCCGGUCCCGAACUACGAGGCGCUCUUCCUCUCCCUCGGAUCCAACGACACCGCCGCCUCGCACCUACGAGCGCUCACUCUCCACCCGCACGUCGCAGGGACCAAGGCCAACGCCCUCACUGCCCGCUACGUGCUCGACGCGCUCUCCUUCCCCGCCCACAUCACGCCUUACUCCGUCCUCCUCUCCUACCCCGUCCACCGCUCCCUCUCCCUUUUGGCGCCAGGCCGCGGCGUCGUCACCUCCUUCUCCCUGAAGCAGGAGACCUACCCCAACGACCCCUACGCAGCCGCCGCCGCGGAUACCAUCCCGACGUUCUACGCGUACGCGGCCUCGGGGUCGGUCUCCGCGGAGGCCGUGUACGCCAACUACGGCCGCGAGGAGGACUUCGCCUACCUCGCCUCCCGCGGCGUGGACGUCGCGGGUAAGGUCACGUUCGCGCGGUACGGGAGGAUCCACUGCGAGGACAUCGCGCACAACGCGCGCGCCGCCGCCGGCGCCGCGGCCGCGGUGGUGUACACUGACCCGCUGGAGUACGGCGGCGCACCCGGUGAGCGGUGGUUCCCCGACUCGCGGUGGCUGCCGCCCAGCGGCGUGCAGGUGGGGAGCCUGUUCCGGGGCGUGGGCGACCCGACGACGCCGAUGUGGGCGUCGUCCGAGGGCUGCGAGCGCGUCAGCGUGGAGGAGGCCAUGAACACCGAUGACAUGCCGCUCAUCCCGGCGCUACCGGUGUCGGCUCAGGACGCGAUGGAGAUACACAGAGCCAUGGGCGGGGCCGUGGCGCCGGCGGACUGGCAGGGCCGAGAGGGCGGCCCCGUGUACCGCCUCGGCCCCGGGCCGGCAGUUUUGAACCUAACGUAUCUUGGGAAUGAUACGAUGGCAACAAUUGAGAAUGUCUUUGCCAUUAUCGAAGGCGCCGAAGAGCCCGAUAGAUAUGUCAUUCUUGGUAACCAUCGUGAUGCUUGGACGCGUUUGCUCAAAGGUUUUCAAUGCUGCAAAAGCAAGGAUGGAGACCUCGAAGAACCAUUAUCUUUUGUAGUUGGGAUGCGGAAGAAUACGGACUGGUGUGUUUCUAUCUCUGAACCACUCUUGUUCGUCUUUAAAACAGCAAGAUUGAUCACAUUUGCAUUUACUCAGACAGGAUUCCUGCCUUCUACAACUCCCCAACUUGACGAGUUACUUCAACAAGUAACUAAAGUGGUUCAAGAUCCUGAUAAUUCAUCUCAGACUGUGUAUGAUUCAUGGAUUAAAUCGAGCAUUCCUCCUCGGUUCCAUCCUCAAGAAUUAUGUGGUUUCAGGAGGAAACCACUUCUACUUCCUGACAAAUUAUAUAACAUUACUCACUAUUCACUGCGUAUCUCCUGCAUUAAGGUUCUAAGACUAGGACCAGGAUAUCCGGUUUACCACUCCUUAUAUGAUGACUACGUAUGGAUGGCGAAAUUCGGAGAUCCUGGGUUCCGUAGGCAUGUGGCAGCUGCUAGCAUAUGGGGAAUGAUGGCUUUGAGGUUGGCAAAUGAAGAGAUCCUACCCUUCAAUUACAUGUCCUAUGCAAUUGAGCUUGAGGAACUUCAAAAGCAACUCUUGAGCAAGCAGCUGAACAAGGAUUCACUGAAAAUCCGACAGCUUAAUGACCGGCUUAUGCAGACCGAGCGAGCUUUCACUAGCAGGGAAGGCAUCUUCAAGCAAGAAUGGUUUAAGCAUCUGGUGUAUGGACCUUCAGAUCUGAAUGACUGGGAUACUGCAAUCUAUCCCGGUAUAGCCAAUGCAAUAGCCAGCGCUCGGAGCAGCAACACUUCGGAGUCGUGGAAGUUUGUACAGCAUGAGGUCUACAGAGUGGCCAGGGCCGUGACACAAGCAUCUGCUAUACUUAGUGGUCGUCUGACAUGA